AGCCAUUUUGGCUCAAGCAGCCGGGUUUCACGACCCAGUUCGGAUUCCGCAUCCGGCAGGUAACGGGGUUCAGCGCAAACGAAGCUCAGCAAGAGCGCCCGAUCUCGCAUCAGUUGCUCUCGGAGCGCUCGUCUGCUAAACUCCAUGGGACAGGAGACAUCUUUUUUGGGGACAAGCGUUCCAGACCCGCAUCAUCGGUGCCUGGAGGGGCAUGCGGACUUUGUUGUGUCAGUGGCCUUCUCGCCACACGACGCCAACAUUCUUGCGAGUGGCAGUUGGGAUCGGAAGGUGUUCCUCUGGGACCUCACUGCGGGCACUGUCCGCCAGCGCCUGGAGGGGCAUGCGGGCUGGGUUUUGUCAGUGGCCUUCUCCCCACACGACGCCAACGUUCUUGCGAGUGGCAGUGCAUGUGGGAAGUUGUUCCUCUGGGACCUCACUGCUGGCACUGUCCGCCAGCGCCUGGAGGGGCAUGCGGACUGGGUUUGGUCAGUGGUUUGGUCAGUGGCCUUCUCGCCACACGACGCCAACGUUCUUGCGAGUGGCAGUACAGAUGGGAAGGUGUUCCUCUGGGACCUCACUGCUGGCACUGUCCGCCAGCGCCUCGGGGGGCAUGCGGGCGGGGUUUUGUCAGUGGCCUUCUCGCCACACGACGCCAACGUUCUUGCGAGUGGCAGUGCAUGUGGGAAGUUGUUCCUCUGGGACCUCACUGCUGGCACUGUCCGCCAGCGCCUGGAGGGGCAUGCGGACUGGGUUUGGUCAGUGGUUUGGUCAGUGGCCUUCUCGCCACACGACGCCAACGUUCUUGCGAGUGGCAGUACAGAUGGGAAGGUGUUCCUCUGGGACCUCACUGCUGGCACUGUCCGCCAGCGCCUCGGGGGGCAUGCGGGCGGGGUUAGGUCAGUGGCCUUCUCGCCACACGACGCCAACGUUCUUGCGAGUGGCAGUAAAGAUGGGAAGGUGUUCCUCUGGGACCUCACUGCGGGCACUGUCCGCCAGCGCCUGCGGCAGUUCGGACGGGAAGAUUGUCUUGUGCGGGGCUCCCGUGGUGAACAUUAUCUUGAGUGUCCGAUUCGACGUAGACAGCUUUAGUCCUUAUGCAGCUCAUGUGACAGAAUUCUUGCGUAAGGUCUACAAUGUCCGAGUUUAUAACCCGAAUAACUUCAACAAGAGAUACUGCGGGCAUGAUGGAUGCUGUGUUUUGUCUUACGGCUGCCAAAUUGCAUUCGACCCCACGCAAACACCCACCAACAGCGAUUGCUGGCAGUCUUCCUAUCGGUGGCACUGCGAGGGCAGGGGCUCGUGGUGUCGCGCGAACCUGCCCGUGGUGAUGCUUGCGAUUGUCGAAGACGGAGUUCUUGGACCAGGACAGAAGACAGAGAAGAGAAUGGCAGAGCAGAUGGGGAUCCAGCGUCUGGAGGUACACACCAAGAAACUUUACAUAGGGCAGCUGGGCGGGGCAGAGUUGGACAAGGCUCUGCUGGACGUCGCAAACCUGCUCCGGGGGCUGAAGUUCAUCUGAGCGUGGCCUGCGUCGCAGCAGUAGUCCAGACCUCGGACGUCGUCCUUUCGUUUCAGAAGGAACUCGGCGCGAUCCCAAGUAGAGAA